AGCUAACAGACAGUACGUCCUACCUAAUUUACAAAAUAUUUGCUAAACAUUAACAAGAAACUAUUAGACAUUGUUUUAUUAUAAAUCAAAUAAAUCAAACUUUUAAAAAAUGUGGUCAUGACGUCAUGUUACCCACUAACAAAGCUAAGCUAGCUAGCCAAACGGUAUGUACUAGGCAACUAGCAACACAGCAUAAACAUCUGAUCGUAAUCCUUGAUAUUGUUUCAUGGUGAGCAUCUUUAAAAGCAGACGCCAGGACCAAAGCAUGGAUACGUUACGCACAGAAGCACGUGUAGCUUUAGAUAAAUGCUACAUCUGUCUGAGCCAGUUUGACCGACAGCCUGUGGCCUCUGUGGAGAACUGCCAGCAUGUCUUCUGUCUGGACUGUAUCCUUCAGUGGUGCCAGAUGUCCAACACGUGCCCGGUGGACCGACGCACCUUCUCCUUCAUCCACCAGAGACAGCAUCCUUCAGGGGCCAUUAAGAAAAAGAUCAAGGUGAAGUUGCCAAAGAAGGAUGACGAUGAAGAGGAGGCAGCUGAGGCUGUUAUUUGUGAGGAAUGUGGACGAAGCGACCGCAGGCACCGGCUUCUAAUGUGCACAGGCUGUGAUUCAGGGUAUCAUAUGGACUGUUUGACACCAUCAUUAAACACACGUCCCGAAGGUGACUGGAUUUGUCUUGAUUGUGUGAGCCAUCAUUGUACAGAUAGCUCCAAAGUGGAGGAGGAUGUCAGUGAAGGAGAACUAAUGGACAUUCUAGCUGAAACUGAAUCCACGUCUACCAGCAGUCGCCUUCGACCCUCCACCGUAAAUGAUCCCAGCAGCUCCACAGAACGGCGACGUAGCGCAAGGACUCGCUGCAGAAUCAGCAACCAGCUUAACCAUCACGCUCAAACUGCCAGGCAUGUGCCCAAGUACCUGCUGCGACCCUCAAGCCCUGCGUCUGCUACAGACAAGAGGCACCAUCAUUCCAGCAACAUGAAGGGACAGGAGCGAAGAAGGAAUAAACUGCUGAAGCCAGACAGCUGAAAGAGUGCUACAGCAGCUGAGGCUGCUUUAACACACAGUGACCACAAGGUGGCAGCAUUGUGCUAACAACUGGACAAUAAGGUUCACAGGAAACCUACUGAUGCGGAACCUUGAGACCAACAACCACUACGUGUCUAUGUUCUUGGUAGCCAGGCAUCUGCUGCUUCCCUGAUCCUGGUCCUGCUCCACAUCAUGUUUACACUUUGUGGUGAUUUAGUUCUUUUGAGGAUUUGGAUAUUUGAUACCAGUCACUGACGAACUGAAACGGGCUUCUUGAAAAAUACUUUUGUUAAUCCUUGAUCCAGCUCAUACACUCAUUUGCUUUUAAUGGAAUCCAGUCCAGUGUUCCACACAGAGACAACAGACCCUUUUAAUAAGAGCCCUGUGUAUUCGGUUGGCUUCAGUAGUGCUGUAGUAUGUUCAAUUCAUAAAUACAACAUCUGUGGUUGAAGAAUGUGAAAGACUUAAGUGUCUGACUACUCUACCUUGUCUGUGGGACUCAUGAACCCAAUCAGGUUUUGAAUCCACAUAUUGCUGCAAAUACAAGCAAACGUUUACGAGCUGAGCUUGGACAAUUGUUAAUCGUGUGAAAUGUACAGUAAAUGAGAAUGAUGCGGUUCACAUCCAGUAUGUUUAGAUUCACCAGUGGAACGAGGUCUAUAAGCAACGCUAAGACUAAGCGUUUGAAGCUAAGCUGCGUUAACGGCACAGCGAGAGCGAAAUUACUCGAUAACAGACCCGAGUGCUGAAACACAAUAUGCAUCCAUAAUGCGGAACGCUCAUGCAGCAUCUGCACGUGCCUCGUUGGUGGCGGCUUGUACGGCUUUACACCUGCAGUCAGGAGAGAUAACAUGACAAGCUACGUGCUCAACUCAGUCUAGCAGCCCCAACGAGGGGAGCGAAAGUAGGUCAGCAUCCCAGAGACCCACACACGUCUCCCAGUGAUUCCACGCUGCAGCAGCGCUUGCGUCAGCCACGUGAGGGGCCGUGAUGGAAUCCAAAACAGAGCCGGCAGCUCCCUGCCUGUGUGUCUCGCUGCAAAAAGGCAUCCCUGUCGCACGACGUUAGAAGCAAGAGCAGCGUAACGCGGCUCAUGUGGACGCGAUGGCUGGUCUGUCUGACAGAAUCAGCGUUAUUUAAAUGCAGGGCUGAUUCUAGUGGAAGGCCUUCCUAGUCUGCAGACGAGCCAAAUCUCAGCUGACGGUUGGACACACAGACGACCCCUCACUCGCACAUUCACACCUACGGAGAAUUAAGACUCCUCAGUCAAUUGCAAUUGCUGUCAUUACAAUACAUUCAAAUCAAUCCAAGCUCACCUGUUUGCUAGCAUGCUUUUCAAAGUAAUCAUAUUUAUCCCCCUAAAGUGGAAUCAAGAGGGCAGUUUAAAGCUAAUACAUACUGUAAUAACAAUAGACAUCCACUACAGUAACACAACCCAGAGCAGAGCAGCGUGCACUUUGCCAACUUUGCUCUUAACUUUUUUCAGCAGUGUGCACUUUCAAGUUCAGGCGACUGCUGAAUCAGCAGCUUGUGCUUUGGUUUCAAAUCAUUAAAAGGAACUGGGGGUGAAACAAAGGCAAAGGAAAGGUGGGGGCAGUGCGAAGCGCGAGAGCACUGCUGGUGCGGUGGAGCACCUGCUUUGCAGAUGGAGAUGCAGAUAUUGGGUUUGCCGUGCUUGUUGUCGUGGGUCUCAUCUGCACGUUUGCCUGCUGGGGACAGAUGCAAACAUGCAAAAGCAGCACACAGAAGAACAGAUCUGGAAUGUAAAGACCCCUCAAUGCACCGGCCUGCUCACUAAUGCACGGUCAGUUUAAAAUCCUGACCUGAUGAUGGUGCUAAAGCCAAAUGUGAGGAGGCCAGCAGCUUUAACACUCCAUCCACAUACAGCAGGGGCACGAAUGUGUUUAAGAAGUUUCAUGACUAUCCGAUUAAUAAAAAUGUUAAUGUAAUGGUGA